CAUGAGGUGGUGGUGUAGGCCUAUGUUAGUUUUGGUAUUGGCCAACUACUUAAGUUUGGCUAAUCUAACAUCUUCAACAGUUAGUGAAACGAAAUUCUUAUCCCGCCGUGUUCGUGGUCUUAUAUUUCCCGAUAAAGCUUCUCUACUUUUAACGGCUGCUCUUACAAAACUAAUAUUAGGUGGACGCCCAAGUGGUUUGCAAUAUAGUUUAGAGUUUGAUAUGUAUGUACCGUUGCCCGAUUCCAUUCAUGGAUGGGAGCCAACGAUUCUCCAUAGGCAUUUAAAACCUAUGCCAAAGAUGCCAAUGUUGGCGAUGAAACCAAAACAACGUUGGGAUUGGUAUGAUUACCGGAUGGAAGGUGGAAGUGAAACUGGAAGACCCUAUUAUUCAUACUAUGGUUACAAUCCUACUACGAGCUAUAAGACAAACGGAAUUUCAACUAACAACUUCUAUAAAACUCCUUGGCAUGUGGACAACAAUCCUUCUACAAGCUAUAAGAUCAACAGAAUUUCAACUAACAACUUCUAUAAAACUCCUUGGCAUUUGGGCAAACCUUCAAGGACUUGGAAUAGUGGCAAUGACGAGGAAGUCUAUGAUUCUUGGUUGCAUGUGCCGACUUGGAAACUAAAUCGAGACUAUAGAGAACGUCGUGAUAUUUAUGAUCAAUUUGAGGCCAUGGGACAUGUUUUUCAGUUAGACCUACGAUCUUGUAUUAAACGAGCCAUGUGUGAGUUGAGGGCUCGAGUGAAUCAGCAACAUGAUGAUGGUCUCCUUAUGGAAGAUCUAAUGCGGAUUAUAUUAACGAUACCCGAUAAUGUAAUCGAUGAUCCCAAGUACAAGCACCGCUUGGAUAUUAAGGAUUGUGAACGUUUUUAUGCUGUUACAUGUCCAUAUAGAGUUCUCGAUUUUCUAACACAAAGUCCAAAAAAUAGAGAAUAAACAAGAUU